AAGGACGCUUUCGAGAUCCUUCUGUUUUCCCUACGAAGGCAUCCGUUGAAAUGACAGAAGAAGUACUGCAAAACCGAUUUACAAUUUCAGGUGCUUUCAUCGAAAGAAUAGAAGGCCUCUUGGGUAUCUCACGAAACUUACGCCAGCAGCAAAGACACGUACGCGGCCAGUUGUCAACAUCUACCUACUGCAGCUACGCACAAUCUACAGCUGUGCCGAGAUAGACGCUCUGUGCCGGCAGGAACGCUUGUGAUGUGCUCAGAGCUCCGUGUGAGCGGCUCCGCAUCCCUUUUUCUGUUUUGGACUCUUUCUUGUCUCACAAAUUUGCUUCUCCCCAAACCAAAACAGCAGCCAUCAUAAACUGCAAACAACAGCACAUAAAAACAAAGAAAGAUGAACACAGACUCUUAUCCCAUGAACAACAUUGUGGCUCCAGGCGAGCAUGAUUGCCUCUCUGGACGCGGCGGUCACACCAUCCACUGGAGCGGAAACAUCAAAUUCCGUAACCUUGUCGAACAACACCGCGAACGAUACCACGCUGCCUCCCGUGUCCAAAAGGGAAAGGUUGUGGCUGAGGUUGUCCAGAUCUGGCGCAAAAUGACACCACCCGGUCGCUUCUUGACUCUUACCGACCCCAAGUUGGGAGAUGCCAGUGCCUGGCACGACAUUGGCGACAAGUCCGCCCAGAAGAAGACCGCCAAGCGCCUCAGGGAAGGCCACACCUCCACCAUGACCACCGCCCCCUCUGCCUCCGCUACUGUUGUCAGCAGCGACGACUUUAGCAGUGACAGCAGCAUCAGCAGCCACAGUACCAGUUCCAACAAGCGCAGCAUCCGCCGAGUCUCCAACGAAUCCAUGGAGAGAGCCGCCAAGCGAGUUCGCCUUGAAAUGAACGCUGAAGAAGAACAAGUCCCCAUGAUGAACCUCCUCCUCGAAGAUCAGGUGACCGAGGAUGAUUUUGAACUCUUGGAUGUCUCCACUGAAGACUUCAAGAACUUGGACAGCUUGUUCGAAGAGACCACCAACGACAACAACAACAACAACAACACUGUCAAGCAGCAGCCAGUCGUCAGCAAGGCCAACUCCAUGGAUAACUUCCAGGAUUCCUUGUUCUCGCUGACUCUUCCAACUGCUGCCGCCAAGGUCAACUCUGCGAGCUUUGGAUCUCCUCUGUUGCAUGAGAUUGCCGUCUCCAUCCCUUCCGCGGCUGAUCUCACGGAAUACAGUCUCUUUGAUUAAGCUCAUGGGCUGCACUGUUAAUAACAACAUUUGAUGGUUGGGCGGGGUCUUGGAAAGCAUGUCAGGUCAACAUCAAGCGCUUCAGCAUUGUACCACUGGUGCUCACACUUGUUCGAUAUAUCACAAGAGUUCCAGAGCUGAUGCACUAAUGAAUGCUUUCCAUAUCCCAUCCAUCAAAAUGACCAACCUGGUUCCUCCACAUAUACUGUAUCCAUACCCUGGAGUGAACAGCAACAAUACUAUUUCUUCCUCUCAAUCUCUCUACCUCCUCUCCGCUUUUGUCAAUAUGUAAAUACAACAACUAUAAUAGACCAAUACUGCAC